AUGCAGAUGGAGGACCUGGUGAGGGAGCGGCUCAUUGAGAGCGCCAGGAACUACCACGACAUAAAGAACAUCAACCUAUACUUGGCAAAUAUAGAAGAAAAUAUAAUAAGGAUUAAAAAUGAAGGAGAUAGCAUCAUCGACGAUGUGUUUCUCGCCUUCAAUGGGUCCAUCAGUCACAUAUCCCUGUACGCCUAUCUGUACGACCAUAAGGUAAGUGUCAAUUUGGAUGGCCUACAAUUUAUAUAUGAACAGAGUUAUAUAGAAGAGGAGAAGGUCAUCGGGGAGGGGAGUAGGGAACAGGAGAGUGUGGUCGAUAUUGCUAAGUUCGAUUCAGAUCUGAUUCAUUAUCUGGUGAGUCAGUGUAGAAGCAAUGUCGAUGAGUCUGCCAACUUGAGCACCAAGCAAAUUGAACACAUGAUAGGAAAUCACAAAAACAGAAUUUUCGAAGACUCCAUAAAAGUUUAUAAGGACAAAUAUGCAGAUGCGAUAAAAGUUUUUAAUUGCUUCAUCGAUUUGAGUCACUUCUGCUAUGAUGAAAAAAAAAUGAAAUUCAUUAAAAAAAAAAAAACAGAUUUUGUAGACAAUUAUAACAACUACAUAGAUGCAAAUACGGACGUAGAAUUUUACGAGUUAAAAUAUCACUUGCUAACGAAGAAAGCGAAGGGACAUGCCUCCGUUUUGUUUUGGUCAGACGCUUUAAACGAGAUACACAUUAAAAACAAAACAAUCAUCACAUCUGUGGAUGCAAUUAAGCUAACGAACACGGGACACCAACAUGUGAUUGGCAUUCUGGGGCUGAAUCGCGAUGGCGAUAUGGUCAUCCAGGGCAUACGUAACGAGAUAAAGCUGUUCCUAAACCGGGAGUGCGUGAUAAACCACGGGCUGUACUGCAUCGGGCACGUGAUCCUGGUGCAGGGCCGCAUGCGCCUCGCCAACAAGACCUUCUACGCCGCGGAGAUCAUGCACCCCCCCAGAAACUUCGAAGAGGAGCGAAACGAAGAAGACAUGUUCUACGACUUUGAAAACGAAAAGGAGAAAAAACAAGUGGAGGAGUACGAAAUCAUCGUACGCAAAAAUGAUAAAAAAAAAAACUGGAUCAUCAUGCAUGAUGUGUACCUGGACAAUCCGUACACAUUCGAGGUGCUCGAUAAAAUGUUCUCUCUGUACGUAAACACGUAUCCUGAAAAUGAACUCCCUGUAGGGUUCAUAUUCAUGGGAGAUUUUAUAAGCCUCAAAUUUGAUUAUAAUAAAAAUUUUCAUAACGUAUAUAUAAAAGGCUUUGAAAAAUUAUCGGUCAUGCUUAUAUCCAAGUUUAAAAUCAUCUUAGAAAAUUGCUACUUGAUCUUCAUUCCUGGUAAAAACGACCCAUGUGCAUGUAAAAAUAGCAUUCCUCAAAUGCCCAUCCUACCAUACUAUGUUAGAAAAUUCCAACAUAAUAUAGAAUCUUUUUUUUCGUCCAAGAAGAAGAUUAUUUUUGCCACGAACCCAUGUAGAAUCCGUCACUUCAACAAAAAAAUGAUCUUCUUCAGACAAGACAUUUUAAAUGACUUAAUAUGGAGCUCAAGCAUUAAUGCAUCUAACAGUGAGAAAAAUAAUUUACAAAAUAUUUUUGUAUCUACCAUAGUGGGGCAAAGCCACAUUUAUCCAAUCCCACAUGACAACAGAAUUUUGAAGAGGUACUCUUCUUUCCUCUUCCUGUACCCUCUUCCUCACUUCAUCUGCAUUUCCGAUAACACAUGCAACAGCUUCAUUUCUUAUGCUUCUGAGGACACCAGUGACUCUAUCAUUUCUAACUCCGAUAUGUCCUUCACGCGGAAGAAGACCUUCACAGUUUACAACGUCCUGCAACACGAGGCCAAGCGUUACGUCGUCCCGCUGUGA